AAUCCGAUGAUCGUUCUACCAUCCAACCAGAUGAAGCAAUAGGAAUUUAUCGAGCAUACUUAACUAGUAUUUAUGAUACAAGAUCCCUCCCUGCUGACGAAAAAUAUCCUCUCCAGUGUGUUAAGCAUUUUGUUAACCUAGAAUGUGCGGAUGUAAGUAAACAUUUAUCGAGAAAGAAAAUGGAAGAGUCCUGGUCAAAAAUAGUUAAAGGCGAGCUGGAUAGAUUUCCUAGUAAGAGAAUCACAAUGGAUCAGAUAGCUUCUAAAGUAGAGGGAAAAUUCUCUAAACUAGUUGUCAUUAAGGGGGCUCCUGGAGGAGGUAAGACGACUUUGUCAUGGGAGCUGUGCAGACGAUGGGCUAAUGGUGAAGUUUGGACAGAUUACUCCCUCGUUGUAUUGCUCCGACUUCGAGAUGAGAAUGUUCAGAAAGCUGUAGAAUUAGUUGAUCUAUUUCAAUGUGAAGAUACUGAUGAUUCCAAGAAUGUUUAUACUAUUGUUCGAAAGGAUCAUGGGCAGGGCAUACUGUUCAUUUUGGAAGGCUUGGAUGAGUUACCACCAUCCUUUAGAGAAAAUGAUUCCAUAUUUAUGAAACUAAUAACCGGACGUCUACUUCCAGCCAGUACUGUGCUUGUUACCACUAGGCCCUGGGCUGUGUGUGAACUACCUGUUACUUGUAGCUCCAGAGUUGAUCAGUUCAUUGAAAUUUUAGGUUUUUCUUCCAAACAAAUUCAUGAGUACAUUGAUCUAAUGAUCAAAGAUGGGGCUCCACCAGGACUACGUAAAUAUAUUGACUCUAAUCCACGUAUCUCUAGUGCAAUGUAUAACCCUCUUCAUGCCAGAAUUGUAGUUGAAGUUUACAGAGAAAACCACGAGAAUAGCAAUAGCAUAAUCCCCAACACAACAACUGAACUAUACACCGAAUACUCUCAAAUUUUGAUUGAAAGAUAUUUAGACAGUGAUUGGAGUGGUGAGCUUAGGGAGUUACCUUCGUCACUUCAGGUACAUUUUGAUAAGCUCUGCCAAAUUGCGUACAAUGGAAUAACAAAAGAAAAACAACAAUUGGUUUUCUUCAAGGAAGAUGUUGUUGAUGCUAGCACUACACUCGGAUUCAUGAACAGUGUACACCCUUUAUAUAAAUCCACAAAGAAAAGCAACAGUUCUCCAUCUUACAAUUUCCUUCAUCUAACACUUCAAGAGUUCCUCGCUGCAUUUUACAUCUGGAAAAACAACACCCCACACGAGCAGUUGAUCUUGUUUGAAACAAAGGCUGAUGUUGGAUCUUACAAGAUGAUUCUAUUGUUUUUAACUGGAUUGACUAAACUGAAUGACCCAUGGACGCAGUGUGUACUUCCCACUCCUUACUUGUACUAUGAGAAAGGAUCGUCAAAAGCCGAGAGAAUGUGUAGAUUCUCAAGGGAUCAAAUUAUGUGGAUCUAUGAAAGCCAAAAUGCGCAAGCCAUGAAGGACUUGUAUUGUAAUGUGCUGUAUGAACUACUGCUAGAUGAUCCGACAGUUGAUCAGUUUGCACUUGGUUAUGUUGUAGCUUCUGCUCAUUUCAAAGUAACUCAAAUGGACAUGUUCGAGUUUAAUAAAAGAUAUGCUUUUGAUGUGGAUAGAUCAAUGAUAUUAGAAGGAAUCAACAAAGUUUUGCCUUCUUUUACUCUAAGUGUAAGGCAUCUGAAAGUGUCUACCGCAUUCAGGAUUCCAUCUGUUUGGUAUACACUCAUUGAUAGGAUACUACCAGAAUUAGAAAGACUCAGUUUUGGAUCAAGAGAUAUUGACGAUAAAUUUGUUGGGCCUGAGGUUCCAUGUCCAUUAAAAAUAUUUGACACUAUACAGCUAUCUCCAAACUUAAAUGUUUUAGAGCUAGAUUUUGGUAUCUCAAGAGACACACUGUGAUACGAAUACUUGAUAUUUUGAAGCCAAAACACUGCUUGAAAGUUUUGAAAUGUGCUCGAGUAUCGCCAGCUGAUGAAGAGUUGCUGUCAGACUUCAUUGCACAUUCUAGUAUUGAAAUGUUGGUGAUACAUUUGGUACAUUCGAGCGAUCUCUUCACAGAUACUGAUGAUUGGUGUAUUUCAAUUGGAUUGAACGUGACUGAGUUAAAAAGGAAUAAUACAAAAAUUGUACUGUCUAAACAUUCAUUUACUAUAAAAAGAAUGUUUUCAAUAGAAGAUAUUAAAUACCUAAUUUCAAUAUUAGGCCACUGGAAACUAAGCUUACAAUAUCUGCGAUGCUCUUCCGAUGUUAAGUUUACCCCCGGACAAUCUGAGCAACUAUUUAGUACUCUACUCAAUUGUCCGAUACUUAAAGAACUUGAUAUCGAAAGUGAAAUAAAGGGCCAAUUUGAAUAUUUCUGUACCCACCAGCACUUGCAAUCACUAACUUUGUCUGGUCCUGAUAAUUCCUGUGACGUUUUACGUUGGCUUAAAGACAAUCGAUUACAUUCCAUUAAAAGCCUUAAACUGAUAUGUAACUUUGACUGCUAUUUUGAUGAAGCUAUUGGUGAGUAUCUACAGACUGACACAUCUCUAGAAGAAUUGUCACUGCAUUACAUUGAUUUCAAAAGUAGCCUGAGUCAUUUAGUGCAGGGACUGCAAGUUAACAUAUGUAUAGUGAAACUAAUGAUUUUACCUGAUAUUACUAUUACAAGGGCCUUAGAUUAUGAUCUCGGAAUGCUUGAACUGGCCCAAAUGUUUCAACUUAAUACAACUCUACAAUUCAUUGAACUUACGGUUGAUAUGCAUUUGCUAAUGGAUCUACUACCUGUUUUGGAAGCAUUAAGAGAAAACAAUACAGUUAAACACCUGAAACUCCAUCUGUAUGACCUUGCGCUACAAUUCGCUGGGUACAUCCCUAUAAGAACAACGUACACUGUUACCACUGAAGAGGCUGAAGCUGUCGGUAAUGUGUUAGCCAAGAACAAGACUCUAGAGGUGUUUCACCUCAAUGCUGAGAUCACUGAGUGCUCCCCAAUUGUCAGGGGGCUGUUGGAAAACAAAACACUGAAAGAAUUCAGAAUUUCUAAGGAUAUAAAAAACAACGUUAUCAUAUGUCCCGAGUACGUUGAUGUCAGACGAAGAAUUGUGUUUGUGGAGAUCCCUUUUUAUGGUUAACAUGUAGCGGUUAAUGACUCUUGUUUAGUAGUCUAGUGUUAUAAUUGUUAAUAGUACUAGUACUGAAAUACACAAUGCGUAUAAUUAAUUAUAAUUAUAUGUAAGCUUAAUUCCCGAUAUUGGUGGCUAUCUUAUAAUUAUAAUUGUACAGUAGGCUCUCGUCCGGUCACCCUUGGGACCUGCUAGCUUGAUAUCAUAAUUACUUCACAAAACUCGCCCUUAUAAGCAGUCACUUCGCUAUCCUGGUCAUGCAGUUGUAAUUAUAUGCAG